AUGGCACAAAUUUAUGCCAACCCGGAGCAAUUGCAGUAUCCCAAAGACACCACCUUGACAGAAAUACUUCUGUACCAAAAUCUGAAUAAUACCCCAAGUAAUAAGCCGGCUAUUAUUGAUGGCUAUUCAGGGGAGACUAUCUUCACGUAUGCCAGCUUCAGAACUAGUGUGCUUAAUGUCGCACGCCAUUUCUAUCAUAAACUUGGAAUUCAGCAGAGAACUGUAGUAGGCAUCCUCUCGACUACUAAGGAAUUGGCUCAUGCUCUGAAAUUGAGCAAGCCGUCCUACAUUCUCGUGGAAAAAUUACUGCUUCCGAACCUUCGAAAAGCCUUCUCCCUGAGCCCAGACCUUCAUCCAAAACCAAGCCUGUAUGUUUGGGAUGGUGAAAAUACAGAUUAUGAAGAUGCUGAGAUUCUGGAUAUCCAACAAAUAUUACGGCAUGGCAAUUCCGACUUUGUCCCCGCUAAGCUAGCCCCAGGAGCUGCCGCGCAAGAGCUGGCGUUCAUCUGUUUCAGUUCAGGCACUUCAGGCCUUGUGAAAGGUGUACAGCUCACCCAUGAAAACAUCGUGGCCAAUCUGUUCCAGCAGUCGCAAGGCCUUCGCAGCAUGUUCAAUCCCAAGACUGUUGUCACUCUCAUCGUGCCGUUCUUUCAUAUACUUGGGCUUGCCGGAUUCUGCUGUCAGUUUGUCAGCCAAGGCGUGCCGAUCGUUGUGUUCAAGAAGUUUGAAAUGGCGCCACUCCUCAAGGCUAUUAAGAGGCACCGCAUAACUCACAUCAACGUCGUGCCCCCUAUCGCCCUGGAGUUCUUGCGAAAUCCUGAGGCCUCCAAGGGUGACUGGUCAUCUGUGCGGUGCCUAAUGAAUGCCGCUGCACCGUUGAAAGAAAAGCAGGCAGACGAGCUUUGCAAGCGCUAUAAUUGUGUCGUGACCCAGUGGUAUGGGAUGACAGAAGCCAGCCCAAGUGUGGCGUCUCAGAGAGAGGAAGAGACUCAUAUAGUCGGUACUAUAGGGAGGCCUCUGCCAGGUAUAGAGAUGCGGAUAGUCGAUGAAAAUGGGAAAGACACCAAAGUAGGCGAGUUUAUCCUGCGAGGGCCCAAUAUCAUGAAAGGCUAUGUCGGCGAUACGAAGCUUUCUGGAAAUCCUUUGACGCCGGAUGGAUUCCUUCGAACGGGAGAUAUCGGGCAACAAGUCGCGCCAGCAGAGUUAGAGGCAAUACUCAUAACUCAUCCACAAGUGAAGGAUGCCGCUGUGUGCGGAGUAUACAACGAAGACGGGACUUCCGAGGUUCCCAUCGCAUACAUCACCACAGACAUUCAAGCCUGGCGAGACCAAGAUGCGCUCAAAGAGAGUCUUGUGGAGUUCGUAAACGGUCAAGUUGCAAGAUAUAAGCGCAUCACAGGUGGAGUGCAUAUCCUGCCAGCCAUCCCGAGGAACCCAUCCGGCAAGAUUCUCCGUCGGCUUCUUCCAGCCAAUGUGGCAGCCGCAGCAGCCAAUACCAACCCCAUUCCGCAGAGUACUCAAGCAUUAGCGAGAUUGUAG